CCACCAGUGCUUAUGUUCUUCUUUUUGCCUAAAAGGCACGUUCUCCUUUUUUUCUUCCAGUAGCUUCAUUCUGAAAUCUUACCCAGCACAGAUACUACUUCUUUUAUGAAAUUUUCUGUUCUGUUCAACUGAUAUACCAAAGGAAUCAGAAUAUUAGAAAUCCAAGUCCAGAGGGGACUUGAAACUCAUCUGGUCCUCUCUUCUCAUUUCAUAGAUGAGAAAGUCAAUCCCAGCAGCCAUCAGUUAGAGGUAGAGUCUUUCUGCCCACAAACUCCCACAGGCCCUGGCCCCUGCUCCUCUGACUUACAGUGAGCACAUCUUGUCCCUUUGGCUAGUGUGUAAGCUCCUUGAAACCAGAACAGUAUCUUUCUCAUCUUGGUGUUUCUCAGAAUGCAAAGUCCACCUGCCAUAACAUUUUAUUCAACUAUAUUAAAUAUUUGGUCUGUGGGAGAUUAUCUAGUAUUUGUGAAUAAACAAAAGCCCUCUACCAGAAAACAUCACUGGGACCAGUGUGUGUGUCCCUUUAAAGACGUUUAAAGCUUGACUGGUGCUUGACUAGUCCCGGCUAUCUACCAUUUAAAAUAAUAACACUGCUGUUUAGCGUGUUUCUGCCUAUAUUUAGAAAGGCUUACUAGAAACCCUGAAAUACUUCAGAGAUUCUCAGGUAUUUACAGUUUUAAGAAUGUGAAAAUAAAGUAAAUCAUUCAUCAGGACUUUUUGCUGGGUCAUGCUAUGUUGAUAUUAUACCUUUCAGUUAUUUCUGUUCUAACCUGUGAUGACAAAUAGGCGGUCUUGGAGAGCAGACCCUGAGGUAGGUGGCCUGGAGGAGAGUUGGCCCUCUCCACCUUCACUUAUUAAUAGGUUGCUGCAGCAAGGCAGGUCGUAUUUCAGAGAGCAGCGCCACAUUUUCAAGAAUGUUUAGAUAGCAUUUCAAUCUGUGAUGGAAUUUCGUGUUCGUCUCCUUAGAAUCCAGACAGAAAGGAAGCCCAGGAGAAGUAAUUGCUUUUCCUGUCAUCCCCUCCAUCUGUGUUUUCCAACAGUUUGUAAUGCAAGCUGUAGGAGAGACUUUUUUUUUUUUUCCAGAGAGCUUUUGAGUCCUAUCCUUGUCAAUUCGUAGGGGUGAAAAAGACUUACUGUCCAGCCCCACUAGCUGGUGGUUUGUUGAAGAGAGGCUCCAUCUGACUGGCAUGGACUCAGGAGAAUUACGGAUGUUCCAAAACAUUGGGCUUUAUAGGUCAAGAGUCCUUGGUUCCCUCUUCCCUGGAACAGAGGAAACUCUGCCCUCAGAAAACUUGUUUCUGAAGUUUCUAGGGAACACUCAGAAAGGGAGAGCAGAAAUGUGGACAAAAGGAAAUUUUCCUUUCAUCCAUUUCCUCUUGAUUGUGCGCACCCAGGACAGACAGGCUUUGUCAUCUGUGUAAAUAAGAGAAGAGUGUUGACUUCACAUUCAUGGUGUCUUCAAAGAUGUCUUUUGCAGAAAAGGUCCUUCUGGAAAGCAGUGUUUCUGACUCCAGAAUUAUUUGUGGAGAGGAAGCGAUUUAGAAAUUGAAGACACGGUGAGGCAGUUUCUUUAGUUUCCUGACAUUUCUGAAACACCCAUCUCCUGGUUAGCACUCUGCUGCGCGUGUUGGAGAGCCUUCCAUGUCGACCACCUCCUAGGCACUUGAAGAGGCCCAGAAAGCGAUACAGCAGCUUUUUGGAAAAAUCAAAGAUAUCAAAGACAAAGCAGAAAAAUCAGAGCAAAUGGUGAAGGAAAUCACCCGCGACAUUAAGCAGUUAGAUCACGCCAAACGCCACCUGACCACCUCAAUCACAACGCUGAACCACCUGCACAUGCUGGCGGGUGGCGUGGAUUCCCUCGAAGCCAUGACCAGGCGAAGGCAGUAUGGAGAAGUUGCUAAUCUUCUUCAGGGCGUGAUGAAUGUUCUGGAGCACUUCCACAAAUAUAUGGGCAUUCCACAGAUCCGGCAGCUUUCUGAAAGAGUGAAGGCAGCCCAGACUGAGUUAGGACAGCAAAUCCUGGCCGAUUUUGAAGAAGCUUUUCCUUCCCAGGGCACAAAGAGGCCAGGAGGACCCAGCAACGUUCUACGAGAUGCGUGUCAGGUUGCUAAUAUCUUGGACCCCAGAAUCAAACAGGAAAUCAUCAAAAAGUUUAUUAAACAGCAUCUGUCAGAGUACCUAGUACUUUUUCAAGAAAACCAAGAUGUUGCCUGGCUGGACAAAAUCGACCGUCGCUAUGCCUGGGUCAAACGCCAGCUCGUGGACUACGAGGAGAAAUAUGGUCGGAUGUUCCCACGUGAGUGGUACAUGGCAGAGAGAAUUGCUGUGGAAUUUUGCCACAUCACAAGGACAGAACUUGCCAAGAUCAUGCGUACAAGAGCUAAGGAAAUUGAAGUGAAAUUGCUUCUCUUUGCUAUUCAGAGAACGACUAACUUUGAGGGGUUUCUUGCAAAACGCUUUUCCGGGUGCACCCUGACAGAUGGAACACUGAAAAAACUGGAAUCUCCACCCGCAUCCACCAAUCCCUUCCUGGAAGAUGAGCCAGCAGCAGAGAUGGAGGAACUGGCAUUAGAGAAAGGAGAUUUAGAGCAACCUAAGAAGCCUAAAGCCCCAGACAAUCCAUUUCAUGGCAUUGUUUCCAAGUGUUUUGAGCCGCAUCUCUACGUGUAUAUUGAGUCCCAGGACAAAAACCUUGGAGAGCUGAUAGAUCGGUUUGUGGCCGAUUUCAAGGCCCAGGGCCCACCUAAGCCCAACACGGACGAGGGGGGUGCUGUGCUCCCCAGCUGCGCCGACCUCUUCGUCUACUACAAGAAGUGCAUGGUGCAGUGCUCACAGCUAAGUACUGGGGAGCCCAUGAUCGCCCUGACCACUAUUUUCCAAAAGUACCUCCGCGAGUACGCCUGGAAAAUCCUCUCUGGCAACCUGCCCAAAACCACAAGCAGCAGCGGCGGGCUGACCAUCAGCAGCCUGCUCAAGGAAAAGGAGGGCUCCGAGGCGGCCAAGUUCACCCUGGAGGAGCUCGGCCUCAUCUGCAGCAUCCUGAGCACUGCAGAGUACUGCCUGGCCACCACCCAGCAGCUGGAAGAGAAACUCAAGGAGAAGGUCGACGUGAGUCUGACUGAACGAAUCAAUCUGACUGGAGAAAUGGACACAUUCAGCACUGUCAUCUCCAGCAGCAUUCAGCUGUUGGUUCAGGACCUGGAUGCUGCCUGCGACCCCGCCCUUACAGCCAUGAGCAAGAUGCAGUGGCAGAACGUGGAGCACGUUGGUGACCAGAGCCCCUACGUCACCUCGGUCAUCCUUCACAUUAAGCAGAACGUCCCCAUCAUCCGUGACAACCUGGCCUCCACGCGGAAAUACUUCACGCAGUUCUGCAUUAAAUUUGCAAACUCCUUCAUUCCCAAGUUCAUCACCCACCUCUUCAAGUGCAAGCCAAUCAGCAUGGUGGGGGCAGAACAGCUACUGCUGGACACGCACUCCCUGAAGAUGGUCCUGCUUGAUCUGCCUUCCAUCGGCUCUCAGGUGGUGAGGAAAGCCCCGGCCAGUUACACCAAGAUCGUGGUGAAAGGCAUGACCCGCGCGGAGAUGAUCCUCAAGGUUGUGAUGGCCCCUCACGAGCCGUUGGUGGUAUUUGUGGACAAUUACAUCAAGCUCCUGACAGACUGCAACACAGAAACCUUCCAGAAGAUCCUAGACAUGAAGGGGCUGAAGCGGAGUGAGCAGAGUAGCAUGCUGGAGCUCUUCCGCCAGAGGCUCCCCACCCCGCCCUCAGGACCCGAAGGCUCCAGCUCCCUGUCCCUCCUGGCUCCAACUCCAGAACAGGAGUCCUCGCGCAUCCGCAAACUGGAAAAACUGAUUAAAAAGAGACUGUAGGAGCACCCAGGGGGCACUUUUCCCCCUGGCCGGUGAGCCACCCACAACCGAAUCCCCGGACGCCCCUCACAUCUCCUGUGCUCCCCAGAUCCUCAGAUCAUCAGUCCUGAAACUUCCUGGGAUGUUUGGGUCAUUCCUGGGUCGCUCCCAUGCCUUGUCUUAAUUCCUGCCUAAUGGGAGAAGCCAAGUAAGGACUGGAGGCAAUCUCUGAUUCCUGUAGCAGAGGCCACAGUGGGUAAAGAUGGUUCCCGGGCUUCACUGGCUGUUCCCCAGCUGCUCCCAACUGCUCCAGUCGUCACUGACUCUCUAGCCUCGCCCGCACGGUCCCGCCCUCUAUGACUGUGGCCCUGUUCCCUUCCCUGUUCUGUCCUAGCACUGUGGGCCAGAGAGCCGGGCUCUCACAGCUUCCCCCAUCUGCAGCUGUUGGAGGUGCCCUCUGCAGCCAGACUCCUAAGAGAUGUCCUCUAGGUUUGGCUCUAGGGCUCCAGUGAUGAAAUGGCAGAUGAUAGAUGUGGCGGAAGAGAGAGGUGUGGCCUUUAGCUGAGCCCUAUGAAGAAAGGAUGGCUAAGUAAGAAAAGUGCAAGGGGACUUGUGAUCCAGUGGUUAAGACUCUGAGGUUCCAGCGCAGGUAGUGUAGGUUCGAUCCCUGGUCAGGGAACUGAGAUCCCAUGUGCCAUGUGGCCAAAUAAGAAAAUAAAAUAGCGAGAAGUAAACCUUGCAGCCAAAAAAAAGAAAAAUGCAGGAAGAGUAGAGAGGAGCACAGUGGGUCUCCCAGGCAGCUCAGUCAGCAGGUUUCCCUCUGCCCAGACAGCCAUGGUGCUGCUCUGGGAAAGUUAUCCAGCCCAUGCUAAUUGAGGUUAAUGUUCUCGUCUCACUCCUGAAAGGGGGGGUGACGGGCCCAUCUCCAGGCAGCCACUUUAGCCGUCUGUCAUUGGCCCGGGAAGCUGGAAACGCCAGUGGACUCCCGCACCUGGUUCUUGUCACUCUUGGUGUUUACAGAUCCACACUUCUUUUUGUGGUUCAUUCACAAGGAGUCACUUUCUGGACAUCUCCAUAAUGGCAUUGAGAUGUCAAGGCAGUUUCUCCUCUACCACCACCAGCCCCAGGUGGUCACAGCCAGAGAAGUUGCUUUCUUGAUUUAUUACACUGUCAGUAAUCUCCAAGGAGCCAACAGAUGUCAGCAGGAGUUACGUUAAGUGUCUUGUUGAUGGGAGCUGAAUGCUGUGUGUACGUCCUGUACAGACAGAGCCUGUUUCUCCGCUGGGGGUCUGCAUCAGCAUCACCUGAGGCCCUUUUUAUUUUCACAAGUACAAAUGCCUGGAGGUUGUGAAUCAGUCAGUCUGGAAGUCUGGAGUAUCGCCCAGAAUACAGUUGUGAAAAGUUCCAUUAUGAUUAUAAUAUUUACUCCUUAUGAAGAACCAUUAUAAUAGGAACUUGCUUUAUUGAAGAUUUCCUAUUGCACAUUUUCACAAAUGGGUAUUUUUUUUCUGACUGUAAGCAAGUGUAAUUACUGUAUAAUUAACCUGGUACCCAAACAGGAAAAAUGUUUUUUUGCUCAUAGCCAGCAUCUUGAAUUUUGAGUUUGUGUUGAUGGAGGGACCACGGCAGAAAUCAUGCUGUCCCCGUCCUGACUAGGAUUCUCCUUUGUUUUGAUGACUAGGCCCUAAACGGAAGAUUUAUUUAUUAUUGUCACUUUGAAAUAAUAUAUAUAAAGGAGCCCUCAUUGAUCAAAACAGUAGCUGACAACUCUGCUGUUCAGCUAAAUUAGACAUUGUACUGGCUCCUUCCCUCUGCUUUCUCUAGACUUCCAAAAAAAAAAGAAAACUUUGAAGUUACCUUAUGUGGUUAAAAUAAAUAUUGGUAAUUUAUAAUUGAUAAAGAGUUCUCUCCUGUCUUUACUGUGGCAAGACUUCCGGAUUGCUGGUUAGAGGUGCUCAGGCUGGAGAAAGUUCUGUUUGGAUCGUAAUCGGGAAAUAGGAACCACCACAGACAGGGUAUCUUAACCUCCAAACUCAGUUCUGGGAAUUGAAGCAACUACCACCACACCUCCCUCUCUUGAAGAAUAAAGACCCAGUACCCAGGGCUUUGCCUACCCCACCAGAAAAGGGUGCCAACUUUCUCACACCUCAGGUGGCUCCUCGGUACAGACAGAACAAGACCAAAAGUCGACUUCCAAGGACCAGUGUGACAGUGACGGGCAGGCAGGGUGAGUGAGCAGGAGAAAUGGGGGAUGUGAUAGCAGCCCACCCUGAAUUGCUGUUGGACGAGAAACCCUAGUCCCCUGUUUAUGGAACGCCAGGGAAAAUGCCAGAAGUUCACAGCUGGAAAUGAAAUUCCUCUUGCUAGCAAGAAAAAUCUCCAAAAUAACCAGCUUGCUUGAGGCUGAAAGCAAGUGUUUCACACUUCUCGUCCCCUCCAAGUCAGAUCGCUAAAAAUAAAAUGGUUAGGACUGCACUGGGCCAUUUAAACAAGAGUCCUGGAAACACAGACACAUGAGAUGCUGGCAUGCAGAAAGAGUACUGUGAGUUUUAUACAGUAAAGGUAAUUUUCCAGUCUCAAAUUCCAAUAUGUAUCAAAAUAGAUAAACCGCCCCCCCCCCACCUUCCCUGGACCCUCAAGGUUCUGUUCUGUACCUUUGGGAGAUACUGAUCUGCUGAAAGUAAAGGGAUUGCCUUUUUGUCUAAAUAUCAUUCCUUUUCCCCAUCUGGAAGUGAUUUCUUGGUGCAUUAUUGGAGCAUAAAAUAUUACAGUUAAUUAAAGCAUUACUGGAUGUCA